UUUUCCCCCUUCACUCCUUUUGGACUUCAAGUCCAGACGCCAGAGCAGAACAUAUUUGAGCUGGAAAAAAACCUGUUGAAGAUGAAGAGUCUGGUGGUGUUUUUGCUUUGCUUGGUCGUCUUGACCAUCUAUACAGAUGCCAACCCCAUCAUCAAGGAGAGCUUUGCUAAGCAGCUUCUGCGUAGCAAGAGACAGGAGAGGCCCAGGAAGGCAGGCCACCCCGAUGAACCCAUGAGGGAGCACAUGCUUCAUAUGCAGGCUCUGGACCAGAGAGCACAGGAGACCAACAUGGAGCACUGGCUCAAUCCUCACUGCUACCCACACUGUGACAGGAACUAUGGAUACCCUGUCUGAUGAUGAAAGAAAAGAACAGCGUCAAUACGAUAAAACUGGUUGGAAAUGGAAAGACUUCCUCAAACGGAUCCGUGAACACAUGCGAGUGGAUAAUGAGUAUAUAAUGUUGCUUGUCUAAGAAUGCAUGUUCGUUUCUUAUAAUAUGUGUAUUGCCAAUUAGUAUCAUAUAGCAUAACAUGGUAAACUUUGUGGAAUGAGUGAAUAAA